AUGUUGAAGGCCAUCACCAAGGCCCUGUGUCUGCUCUACUGUUGUAGCCCCGUCUCCGCGGCCAGCAUUCCCAAGGUCAACAUCCCACCCGAGAGUGCCAUUCAAGCGGCAGCCAAGAUCCCCACAGGGCAAAAACUGUGCUCGACAAAGUUCUUCCCCCAGCCCGUCCACCACGACAAGUUCAACGGCGACUGGACCGACAAGAACACGACCUUCCUCCAACAGUACCAGGUGAUUGACAAGUUCUACAAACCCGGCGGCCCGAUCCUAUUCUACCAGUCACCCGAAGAUGCGUACUCGUGUGUAGAGUACCAGGCCGUGUAUACGUAUGCGGAGGAAUUGGGAGCUCUCGCCGUCGGCCUGGAACACCGGUACUUCGGCGCGAGCUGUCCGUACGGCUUGAAUUACAGCCUGGCCGCGACGUGGGAGACGUCCAAGAUGGACGCCAUGACUCUGGACAACGUCUUGUCCGACGGCGUGGCGUUCCUGACUUGGCUCACUGCGGGCGCCAAUCCCAUUGCAAAGGGCGCAAAAGUCAUCGCCUUUGGUGCCUCGUACGGUGGUUCCCUGGCGGCGAUGUACCGAACACAUUAUCCAGAGAUUGUUUUCGGUUCUGUCGCCUCUUCUCCGCUCAUUGAGGGCGCGAUCACGGAUCCAAAGGACCCGCUUGUCUAUGGCUUUGCAAAUUGGGCAAACAUGGUCUACAACGAUCUCUCAGCCGAAGCAGCGCACAAGAUCAAGACCAGCAUCGCGGACGUGCGGAAUCGAGUGGCGACCGGCAAAUUCGACGGCAUCCAAGAACAACUCAAGCUGUGCAACCCCGUCAACUCGACCUCCCAAGCCGAGGUGGUGUCUCGCUAUUUGCUGUCUGCAUACAUCCACGCCGCGCAAUACAACGCCGCCAACACAGCCUUCCCCAUGGACAGCGUCAUCAACGCGACCCUUCUUGCCACCACGACCUUUGACAUCCUGGGCGCUGCCAUCCCAUGGGAACUCCACGUCCAGGGCGCCACGUGCGCCACCCUGACCGCGCCAGGCGAGGAAAAAUCCACCCGCAACCCCUUCGACUACGCCAUCUGCACGUACGUCCCCUACUCGCGGAACGUGUACGCGACCGCCCAGACCAUCUUCGGCCCGCACCUCCCCGACACAAGCGCCAAGAACAUCAACCAGGCGCGCUGCAAGAAGAUGUGGGGCAUCGACGCCAUCGAUGGCGGCCUCAGGCGUCAAAAGCAGAUGAAACUCGACAAGACCACGCUGCAGAAGACCACGCACCUCCUCAUUUCCGAGGGCAUGUAUGACCCGGGUAGUGCGGUCGGGUUUGGGUUGGUCGGGUGGCAGCCCAGCGCGGACCGGAAUGCCAGUCGGGUGUUUUUCAUUUCGCAGGGCAGUCAUGGUGCAGAGGCAUUUAGGCCGAAUGCCACGGACCCGGAGGCGGUCGUCGAGGCCCGGAAGUUCGAGGUCAACUCGAUCAAGGAGUGGCUUGGGAUGUCUUCCUGA